UACUCUUCUGACGCCAUCGCCAUUGACGCUGUGACGCAGAAAUUUGUGUGUAAAAAUCGAGCUGAAGCUGGGCUAAUUUCGUUGUUUCUGCAAGUGGUUAAUUAUAGAAAAGAGUGCAUCAAAAGUUGCACGGACACAGGGUCCCCAAAGUUGAUGCCCCGAGCAGCGAGUAAACAAACGCUGCCAAUGCGCGACAUGGCCGACCUGGACGCAGUGAAUCUUGGGCUGGACGAGAACGAGGCGGAUAUUGCCGAGGAGCUGCAGGACUUUGAGUUCAACACACGCAGCGAGGCCUCCGAAUCGAAUGGCGGGGAGUCCUCCGACGACUCGGAGCCGAGCAUCAGUUCGGUCAGCACGGCCACCUCCUCGCUGGUGGGCAGCGGCAAGCGCAAGACCAAGACCAAGGUCAAGGAGGCAGCCCCAGCCCCACCUGUGGCCGAGAAGAAGGAGAAGCCCACCCCAAAGAAGACGAAGCGAGAGGCCACCCCCGAGGAUCUGAAUGGGGGCAAAAAGAAGAAGCGCACGGGCAGUGAGUCCGCGAAGAAGUCCAGUCUGUCGGUGAGUCAGUCGUCUAGUGAGCAGCCGGUGGAGAAGGCCAAGGCCAAGUCUCCGCCCGCCGAGGAGCGGGAGCCGCUGACGAAAAAGUCCGUGCGCAGCAAGAAGACCCCGAAUCCCAACGAUUCGGGCAACAAGAGCGAGGCGAGCGAUGCAGAGGAUGAGAAGCCAGCCGUGCCGGCCCUCGAGUCGGACAGCGAGUCCUCUGACUCGGAUUCGGGCACACAGCACAAGCGGAACGGCGGCGGUGGGGCGCGUGGCAAAGCCAGCACAGCGGCCAGCAGCUCAAAGAACUCCACGCCCGAGAAGGAUGGCAGUGGCUCACAGUCGCAGAAGGGCUACGACUACAUGACAAAGCUCAACUACCUGUUCCGGGACACGCGCUUCUUUCUGAUCAAGUCGAACAACCUCGAUAAUGUGCAGCUGUCGAAGGGCAAGAGCGUCUGGGCCACGCUGCCGCAGAACGAUGCCAAUCUGAAUCAGGCCUUCAAGGAGGCCCGCAAUGUCCUGCUCAUCUUCUCCGUCAACGAGAGCGGUAAAUUUGCAGGAUUCGCCAGGAUGGCGGCUCCCUCCAGACGCGAUAUUCCCCAGGUUGCCUGGGUGCUGCCGCCGAGCAUCUCCCCGAAGGCACUCGGCGGCGUCAUUGAGCUGGACUGGAUAUGCCGCAAGGAGCUGUCCUUCAAUGCCACACUGCACUUGCACAACACAUGGAACGAGGGUAAGCCCGUGAAGAUUGGACGCGAUGGCCAGGAGAUUGAGCCCAAGAUCGGUGGCGAGCUGUGCCGCCUCUUUCCCGAGGACGAGCAGAUUGAGUUGACGCCGAUUCUGAAGAAAUCAAAGGAAACCGCACGAGUGAUGAGGGAGAAGGGCAUGCACGUGAUCUACAAGCCCCCCCGGAGUCUCUCCUCCCGCGGCCACGGUGGCAGUGGGAGGGGGGGAUCGGGCUCGGGCUCUGGCCACAAUCAUCUCGGACCCAUGCGCCACAAGAGGAGCUACCAUGGACAACAGCAUCAGCAGCACCGGCCGUACCACCGACAUCCCCAUCACGGCAUGGGCGGCAUGCAGCAAGGCGGCGGCUUCAAGCGCGGAGGAUCACCCUAUCGCCAAAUGGGCGGAGCCAGUGGCGGUGGAGCCCAAGGCGGACCACCCGAGAUGUCGAUGCCCUCGUGGGAGCGGUACAUGUCGUCGGCCGCAGCUGCCGAGGCAUACGUCGCGGACUAUAUGCGGAACAUGCACGGCCAGCUGCCUCCGCUGCCCUUCGUGCCACCAUUCGCACAGAUGCCACUGCCCGGAACAGCAGGAGCUGCCGGCGCCAUGCCCCAGGGGGCUACGCCCGCCAUGUACGAGCAGCUGCCACCGCCGGUGCGAUAUUACGAUGGCCCUGGAGCACCACCGCUGCCAGAUUACCCGCCCCCGCAGCGACCACCGCCGCCAGGAUUCGACAAGGCGCCCAGCUACGAGGAGUUUGCCGCCUGGAAGAACGCCGGCCUGCCCACGGUGCCGCCACCAGGGUUCCCCGUCUAUGGCGGCAGUGCUGCCAAUGGUGGGAGCAAUGGGGCGGCGUUGGGAGCGCCCGUACCAGGCGUGGGUGGAGCUGCCGGUGGCGUGGGAGGAGGACCGGGAUAUCGCAAUCGGGACAACAAUGGUGCCGCGGGUGGCGGUCGUCGUCGGGAGUACGGGAAUCGCAGUGGAUCCUCGCGAGACUCGCGUUCGUUUCGUGGUGAUCGCGGCGGCGGUGGCCAGCGGAGCUAUCGGGACAACAGGCGCUAGAUUUGAUCGACCGGACCGGAAAAAGUGAACGAAUUAUGUGUGCUCGCGUGUGUGAAAUGAGAAAUAUUGAUAAUUGUAGGGCGAUGCGAUCGUUUAAAAGAUAUAAAAUGAUAAAAAUGAUAAUUCCUAGACCUAAACUAUAUAAUCGAACAUAUAGCUAUCGACGGCUAUCGAGCGAGAGGCGGCAGCGUUAUCGGCUAUCGAUACACCGCCACUCCAGCAACAACAACAACAAACAACUCUCUUUCUCUCUUUCUGCAUCUCUCUGUCUCGCCGCCCACCCACUACCCGCCCUUACCCCUCCUGACCCGUCAUUUGAUUUACAAAACAAAACAAAAACAAAUCUUAUGCAUAAGCAAAUUUCAACAAGAAACCAACACCUAAAUUCUAAUUAAAAAUAUUUUAAACCACAAAAAAAAAAAUACAAAAUGAAAGAGAGAAAUUGUGAACUUUAUUUGUACGAAAAACGAUGAAGAGAAGAAUAUAUGGAGACGAGAGAGAGACUUUUAAACGAAAGAGACGCCAAAGAGACUAAACAACAACAGAGCCAACAACAAACAACCACAAGAACGUACCGUUAUAUAUGUAUAUUCAAAUCGAAGCAGUGAUGUGUGUGUAUAUGUGUUUUUCCAAUGCCCCCCACCCCCACCAAGCCCAAUCGACCAGCCGUCCAACUCCUGCAUCCCGCAUCCUUGUGCUUCGCCCCCACCCCCGUCCCGUCCAAAAGGCAAAGCCAAACUACAAAGCAACAAAAAAAAGCAACAACCGAAACGAGAGUUUGGACAGAAAAGAGCGGAAGUUCCGUUCCGUUCGAGGAGCGAAUCAAAGACUGUUUUUUACAAGAGUUUUUUAUCUAUUAUCCAUCCAAUCGAUCAAUGCAAUCCAAUCCAAUCUUUCUUAUAUCUUAUGGGUAUAGCCACCACUAAUGCAACAAAAUAUUAACAAUUUACAUACAUACAUAUAUUGUACAUGUCUUUCAGAGACAGAGAGGACCCAAAAGCAAAACCCGCAUCCGACACACAUCCGAACGAAAAACGUAUUGUAUGUCUGGUGGCCAGACCACCAGCACCACCCCCCCCAUCCAUAAUCUACUCUCUGAGAUCGAACGAUCAUCAUCGCUCGCUCAUCUUCUUCCACCGUCCACCG